AUGUCGACAGCAACUUCAUCUCCACGAUCUAUCGAAAAUCAGUCUCCGAAUCUCUCUGCGUUCAAAGCUCAAAUCUACAGUGACCCUUUUCUCCCGAACCCUUCUAACAACAACAAUAACAACGAGCAAUUAUCACUCCGUCCACAUGGUGAACCAGCAACGGUAAACCUUUCUGAAUUAGAAAGCCAUCACCAUAACGGACAAUUAUCAGGGGAGGGUUUCCACGGCUCAUUGCCAGUAUCUCCAAAUAAUAUCCACCUCCCAAGCGGCUCGAAGGGUGGCACCGCAUAUACGCGGCCAAAUACCAAUCCCUCGAGCAACGUUCAGUCUCCUACAUCCCACCAGGAUUUCUUAAGCCCCUCCGAUUACGCUGAGUGCGGAUACAGUGAUUUUAGUUCCUACGGAUCUCCCGAAAUUGACGACCCCUUCUUCUUAGAGCCAGAAUUCGGCUUCAAUCCCGAAUCCGAGCCACUUACAUUACCGGGUUCUGAAGCCCUACAACACUACAAUCCACAGGAUAACGAGCCUUCAGGGCAAAGCAAUGAGCAAAAAUUAGACAUAACAACAUUAACAGCGUCUCAACUUUUGAGCCCGGGCCUUACAAACACUCCUAGUCCCCCAUCUGACUCCCAAAAUAUGGACCUCUCUAGUAUGAAUGACGGAAGAGACAAGGCACACCGGCCUUCAAGAAUGGAUAUUCAUACCCAUCGGUUUCAACAUACACCAACGCUUACGACAGCCAGCCCGUGCAGCGAUACGCUUGAGGUUAGCACCUUUUCUCAUAGAGAUCAACCUACGAGUCCGAUUGUUAAGGUAUCGAGCUAUACUCGAGGCGACUCUCCUUCCAGGGGCGAUGACCCAACGGAACAGAGGUCGGAAAAAAGGGGUCGACCUACAAUAUCGUCUUCCCAUCUUUCGCCAACAGGCAACAAGCACGAGUAUGACUACGAUGACAUUGACGAUAGCCACUACGUAGGCUCACAGUACAGGUCUAUUUCAGUUCCUCCACCGUCAUUUCGUGCGGAAGAUGGGUCAUGGAUCGCCAGCUCCUCCACGGGACAAACAGGACUUGAUCCUGCUUGCAGAGGUGACAUCUACGUGCCAAGCCCCAAAGAAAUGAUGGAGCAACAAAAAAGAGAGCAAAAGAACGCGGAUGUAGAACAGUGGUUGUCUGUCAGCGAGGUUAAUAGCGAGGUCCAGGAUAAUGGUGCUAUUGGCCGUAGGCCUAGCAGAAGAAACAAAUUGGUGACAUUUCGUCGCAGAGCAAAAAGCACUGGAGAUCCGGUAGCCACGCACCAGCAAUUCCUUGAUGAUUCUAAAAUCCCUGGGCCUGGUGUUUUAAUCGAUGAGGACAGCGGGUUAGAAGAUAUAGAGGAUGACAAUGACUCCGAUGCUUCAAGCAAAAUCCCAGAGACGCCCCCGGCCAAAGUGGAUCUAGAUUCUCGAGUCGAAUUGUCCAGAGGGUAUUUCCCUCCAGUUACCAACGAUGAUGAAGCUCAGAAUGCGGAGCCACUGCCCCGACAGUUUAUCAGAGCUCGACCCUGGCAAGACCAACUUAGAAACCCUCGGAUCGGCGAUACUAGACAUCAACCGUCGACCUCGAAUGCUGCGAUAUCGAGAUUCGGGCGUGCUGCUGAAAAUAUUGAAACUGCAUCGCGUGCUGCCACAUGGGGCACCACGCGAAGAAUGAGUGAAUCAGAUAUGCGUAGCUUACAUGCAGCCAAUGGUUCCUUCAAUCCUUCAUUUGUCGAUAAAGAAAAGAAGCACACUAGGCGAAAUAGUAUUUUCAAACACACAAACAAACUUUUACCUAAAAGGAGCAACAGCAACGCGAAACGUAAGCUAGCCGAAUCUGCGCAACAACAGCCAGGAACAGAAUCCAUCGAUAAGCAGAAGAACAAAGACUCAAAGGAAGGAGGGUUAACCAGCUCAGUUUUACCGCAAAAGAAACCCGGUUUUAGCCGCCCUCCCAAAUCCCCGUUGACAACUGAAGGCCUUGUUUUGGCUAUGACUGGACAGAUUGCAGCCGUCGGUGGUGGUGGACCAGUCGGAGUGCCCUCUCCUAGUGCAUCAUCGAGUCCCUGGAAUAAUUUCAUGAGACGUAGUCGCAGCAAAAGCGAUCUCUCGAAAACUUCAAAGUCACCUGUAUCCGGCGGGUUGCUUGAAUUAAUGACAAACUUUGGUGGUCCUCCAGUUCCUACCCUUGCUUCCCCGCGUCAAGACAAAGCUCUUGCGCCUAGUCCUAUGUCAGGAAAGGGGCAACUUGACGACGAGGAGGAUGAGGAUGAUGAAGACGAGCCGAUGGGCGAUAAGGGCGUUACCAUGGACUUCGCUAUCCGAACGGAUCCUAUUGUUCCAACGCUCGAUGGCUUCAAGACCCAGAUUCAACAGCUCAAUCCAAGACUUAAGUCCCCAGCAUUGAUCGAGCGAUUCGCCCAAGAGCAGUUACGUCGAUAUAAAAAACUUGUUGAACUUAAAUUGCAACAUGUUCAAGCAGUGAACAUGCAAAAUUGCACCUCAGGCAAACAUUGCUUUGAGCAGGGAGGCGAAGCCACCAUGCUCCCACCUAGAAUUAGUUCGAAAGAUCCAGACGCCACUUGCGCGCAGUUCCAAAUAACCAGCUCAGCCAAUCCAGACGGGGAUAUGAGCAGCUUUGGCGAAGGAACUGUAACUGCUGCACUUUUUCCCAAUGGAGUUCCUCUGCCACCGGUUAAACGUCUCCCCGCUCAAUUCGAAUGUUAUCUUUGCUUUAAGGUUAAAGCGUUCCAGAAACCAUCCGACUGGACAAAACAUGUUCAUGAGGACAUCAUGCCUUUUACUUGUACAUUUCCCGACUGUACAGAGCCGAAAUCCUUUAAGAGAAAGGCAGACUGGGUGCGGCACGAGAGCGAGAGACAUAGACAGUUGGAGUGGUGGACCUGUAACAUGCAGGACUGUUCGCACAGGUGCUAUCGGAAAGAUAACUUUGUGCAACAUCUCGUUCGAGAACAUAAAAUGCCGGAACCAAAAGCUAAAAUUUCCAGAGGCCGCGGCAGUGGGAACGGUAAAGGAGCAGCGAAGAAGAUGGAUAACCAGCAAAGCUCAACUCCUGACCAGGAAGUAGAGCAAGUGUGGAAGUUGGUUGAAGAAUGUCAUCAUGUUACUUCCAAGCAACCAAAGGAUGAGCCAUGCCGAUUCUGUGACAAUGUCUGCAACAGUUGGAAGAAGCUCUCCGUGCACAUGGCAAAGCAUAUGGAGCAAAUCGCCAUGCCAAUCUUAGGCCUUGUCAAACAGCGGACAAUAUGUGCUGAUACUCCUAUCAGCCCCAUCGAACUAGGAAGCUACCCUCCCCGUCCAAAAGUCGAAAGUGGCCAGUCACCAGCAAUGAGUCCCCUUCCAGGUACAGGGCAUUUCCAAAAUCCCUUCCAAUUAGAGCAUGCACCCAGAACCAGUGUUGGCCACUCAACUUUGUCCAAUUCAACGGCACAAAAUACGGAAGGUUAUGCAACCGCGCAAUCUCCUCUGGUAGUCGACCAUCUCCAGAUGCGUACCGUGCAGAAUGAGCUGACUGCUGUAUCACUGAGAAUGGGAGGGAGGUCAAUCUCAGCUGGCGGACAGAGGUACAAUCUCUCACCCUAUCCACGGCCAACGUCGCCGUCGGUUGGUGAGCAGCAAAACGUGUACCCAGUUACAACUAGAGCAGGGCAACAACAAUUCAGCUCUCACCAUACUUCCGCUACAUAUCCGCCCCUGUAUAACGCCUUGUCGCGGAGGCUAGAGUCACCUAUUUCGGACACGGCCCAAGCGCCGGUUGGAGAGACGGUAUACAGCAUGGAUGCGUCAGCGGUCGCCUCCAGCAGCACCGCGUAUGGUAAUCAACAGCAAAUGUAUACAUCACCAGUUGAGCAUGCCGGAUAUGCCUAUCAACAAAGUCGAGGUGGGAUAGAUUCGUCAGGGGUAAUGAACUUCAAUGACAUCGCAGUUACUGUGCAGUAUCCAGUGGUUUCAGGACCUGAUACCGAUCCCGCAGGCCAGUCGGAAGGCUUUGGCCAACACCGCGGCGGACCAUAUCACUAUCAGAGCCAGUGA